GUCUAUCAAAGCGAUAAUCAGGCCAUCAGCAAAUAUAGCCGUCCAGACACACAAACAUGGUGUCCUCUGUGGUGCUUUUUGUGUUUACGCUGUCCUCCGUGUGUGGACUCGCUGUGGCAGAAAGAAAACUAGCAUACGUGACUGUGCUGUUUCGACAUGGAGACAGAUCGCCAAUCAAAGCCUAUCCUACUGACCCCUACAGAGAGAGCGACUGGCCUCAAGGCUUCGGGCAGCUGUCGCAGGAGGGGAUGAGGCAGCACUUGGACCUGGGCAAGUUUCUGAGGAGUCGAUACGAAGGCUUCCUCAACGAAUCCUACAACCGGCACGAGAUCUUAGUGCGUAGCACAGACUAUGAUCGCACCCUGAUGAGUGCCGAGGCCAACCUUGCAGGUCUCUACCCCCCUAGUGGUCAGCAGGUCUUCACACCCGACCUGAAGUGGCAGCCGAUACCUGUGCACACCGUGCCAUCAAACGAAGAGAGGCUUCUCUCAUAUCCUUUGAAAGACUGUCCUCGCUACAAACAGCUGAUAAAUGAAACCGAACACACGGAGGAAUUUGCUAAUGUCACUGCAGCAUACAAGGACCUUAUAGAGCUGGUGAGGAAUAAAACAGGACUGAAUAAGACGGACGUGGAGUCAGUCUGGAGCGUGUAUGACACACUCUUCUGUGAGUCCCGUCACAACAAGACAGCUCCCGAGUGGGUGACUCCUGACGUUAUGGCGAAGCUCCGAAUUCUCAAAGACUUUGGCUUUCAGGUCAUAUUCGGACUCUACAAACAGCAGGAGAAGAGCCGGCUGCAGGGAGGUAUCCUCUUAGGGGAAAUAGUGAAGAAUCUUUCCAAGAUGGCCGCCCCAGACUCAAAGCAGCAACUCAAACUGAUGAUGCUCUCAGCGCACGACACCACUGUAGCUGCUCUUCAGGCCAGCUUGAACGUGUUCAGUGGAAUUCAGCCUCCGUACGCCUCCUGCCACAUCAUUGAGCUGUACAGGGAGGACAACGGCUCUGCUUCGGUGUCCAUGUUUUACCGAAACGACAGCACCGUGGAGCCGUACCCUCUCCAGCUACCGGGCUGUGCACUCGACUGCCCCCUGGAGGACUUUGUGAGAAUAACCAAGCUCUCCAUCUCGGACGACAGGGACAAAGAGUGUCAGCUGCCUUCAGAGGGCCGAGAUAAAGAGGUCAUCAUCAGUCUGGCCAUGGCCGGCAUUCUGCUCAUCAUCCUCAUCGUCCUCCUCCUCGCCGUCAUUUGCUGGCAGAAGGAGCCGACCGGGCAACAGGGUUAUCGCCACGUGGUCAACCAGGAAACUGGAGACGAGUCCUGACAGAAGCACAGACUCCUCCCCCGGAGAUCUACCAACCUUUCGUCUUGGGACACCAGCGAUGACGAUGAACUUUAAAGUCAGUGCAAAAAAAAAGUCAUGACAUUUUGCCCGGGAGGUAUUCUUGAAAAAAAAAAAUUCUGGCUAGAAAGGACUGAAGAUGAUGAUUUAUUUUGACCUACAGACGUUGUUGUGAGUGCACAAUGUUUUCAGAACUGUAUGAAAGAAGUAGAUGUAGCCACCGUGACAUUUUGGAGCCAGAUGUGAUCAUCUCUUUUACUCUGAAUGGGACCAUAAUUUAUAUAAGUAACACUACGGUGUAUUGAAGAAGACUUGAAACCAGAGAUUGAGACCAUAAACCUUUUCUACACAGUCUGCCUUCUUUUUAAAAUCUGUAGCGUUGCCCUCUAGUGGUCAUUUCAAAGAAUACGAGUUAAAGGCUUCACUUUCAUACUUCUACGUCGAUAUCUUUCAGUGUUUUAGGACGACAUCCAAUCCUUACACAACAAAGUUUGUAUGACUCUUUUUAAAAUGAAUGUGAAUCUGUCUUUCUGCUGUUCGGAUGACGUUAAUUCAUGUGUUUGUUUGUGUUCUGAUGCCUAAAGACCGAGAUGCCUUAAAUAUUUUUAACAACCAGGUGCUCUUUAUGCAGUGUCGUAACACUUUUUUUUUUUUUUUGUAGGGCUCAAGCUUUGUUUUUCCCAAGCUCUUUGAGGUGUUUUUGUUUUAAUUAAAAAGGGGUGUUCAUUAAAAAUAAAAGCGCUUCAGCAAGACACUAACACACCAGCUCGUUUAACCAGAAACAAAGUUAAAAUACAGCUAAUUUUCAAGUUUGUUGUUUAAUCAUGGAAACUGAUUGCUCUUUGGAACUUUCUCUGACCAUCAAAUCUACCUGAAACUUUCAUCUCAUACACUUUUUAGAAAAAGAAAAUGCACACAUGGUUUGAUACAACUCAAAAUGUUUCCUUCUUUGUACAUGUGAGGUUAUGAUCGGGGACUGUGAGUUAAUUAGCACACUGCCAAAAUCAUCACUGUAAAAAACAACACCGUCUUGGUUAUAUUUGUCAGCAUUUGUUUCCCUGCAAUUUACCAGACGUGGAGAAUGUUUUGUGAUUGUAAAUAUGUAUUUUUUUUUUCUUUUUUGGAAGAAUAAAAUCAUCAGUGAUUUGGA